CCCCUUCCACCAGAGAUGCAGCAAAAAGACCCUCCUCCUCCUCAUAUGGCGUCAUCUGGUCUGGCCCAGUCACGUUACAGACUAAAUAUCUGAGGAAAAACAAGCUGAGCAACCAGCCAACGCGGCCGGUGCGAGCCGGCUCAUGGUUCAUGUGGAGUUUUAAUUCAUUUUUUUAACUCUUUUUUAAUCCUGUGAUAAUCAAAGGAGAUGAGGGGACUCCUGCCGUUUUACCGGGGCCUACAUACGCUUAGUAACCGUCAAGCCAGGCAAAAAGCUGUGAUUGUCGGUUCUCGGUGCGGGCUUUGCGGAACUCAGUCUAUUAACAAGCCACAGCCAAGAUUUGGGCUAUUGUUCGACAUCGAUGGCGUACUUGUCCGAGGAAGGAUGCCAAUCCCUGCUGCAAAAAAGGCAUUUGAGAAGUUGGUCGACUCUCAGGGACAGUUUGUGGUGCCAGUUGUUUUUGUCACAAACGCAGGGAACUGCCUCCGACAAACAAAAGCAGACCAGCUCUCUCAUAUCCUGGGAGUGCCUAUUACACAAGACCAAGUCAUCAUGUCCCAUAGUCCGCUGAGGAUGCUUAAGAAGUUUCAUGACAAGUGUGUCUUGGUUUCAGGACAGGGGCCGGUUCUGGAAAUUGCUAAAAAUGUGGGCUUUCAGAAUGUUAUCAGUAUUGACAUGCUGAGGGAAUCCUAUCCAUUGCUGGACAUGGUGGAUCACAACAGAAGACCCAAACUACCGACUAAUCCUAUAGUCAACCUUCCUAAUGUUGAAGCUGUGAUUUUGUUCGGGGAGCCAAUUCGAUGGGAAACUAACCUGCAGCUGAUAAUUGACGUUUUGUUGACCAAUGGUAACCUUAGCAGUAUUCACCAAACUCAAGCAAGGCCUCACCUGCCCUUGUUGGCCUGUAACAUGGACCUCAUGUGGAUGGCUGAGGCAAAUUCACCACGGUUUGGCCAUGGGACGUUUCUUGUGUGCCUAGAGAACAUCUAUAAGAAGAUAACAGGCAGGGACCUGAAGUAUGAGGCUCUCAUGGGAAAACCCAGUGAGCUGACCUACCAGUUUGCAGAGUACCUCAUCAGAAGCCAGGCCAUGCAGAGUCAAUGGAAACUUCCCAUCACUUCCCUUUAUGCUAUAGGGGAUAACCUCAUGACUGAUAUCUACGGCGCCAAUCUGUACAAUCGCUACCUGGAGGAGAGAGUUGCUAGAAAGAAUCCUAAAACUGUUGCAAAGGUGGCGGCUGCCACGUGGUCCACUGCCGCAGUAUCCGGGGAGGAGGAGAUUGACAGCCUGUGGGAAAGUGAGCUAGCGCUCCCCUCUGCUACUUCCUGUAAGUCUGUCCUAGUUUGCACGGGGGUCUACAACCCUAACGCAGAGGUGCCAUCUGAUGCAAGUCACUGCAUCAAAGAGACUGUGUUCCACGGGCACCGGGACUUCAUAUUCGAUCCUGCGCUGGUGGAGCCAGGCCACAUUGUGCAGGAUGUGGCAGAAGCGGUCGACCUCAUCUUUGAGCAGGAAAAGUUCGUGCCUCAGUAGAGUUAUGAGCCAUACAGGUUCUGUGUGGUUGUUGGAGUCCAAAACACAAGCGGGGUACGGCAUUAAACUGGGAAUACACCACUUAAUGUGUAAAUGUGUAGGAAUGCAUCACUGUGGACUUUGUUUAACCAACUGACAGGGCAAUGAAAAAAAACAUAGGUCAUCUUCUAAACUAAGUAAAACUUUAGAGAAAAUGAAUCGCGUAACUGUUACAUCAUCUGUUCUUUUAUAUUGUUUUGUGAUUGUCUUUAACGGCCCGUUUGUCACCAGGAAAUGUGUAAGAACUGCCUUAUCUGACCCUAAGUAUUUUUUUAGAUAGUAAUGUUAUAGUUUAUUACAAAUCCAGAACGCAUCCUAUAUUUAUUACAAGGAUUUGCCAUUUGUUUUAACAAGCAUAUUACAUUAAUAUUGGAGUUUUAUUAUUGCAGUUUUAGACAUUUCUUUACUCAUUUCUCCUGGACAAUCUAUGCAUGAAUAUGAGAGUAAUAGCUGUACUGUAAAAGCAACUGUUUGAUGUGCAAUAUUGUCCUUUAAGAGUACUGUCUGUUCACAUUUUGUCUUGUUGUAAGAGUCAUGACCAGUAUUUGCACUGAUCUGAGACUUUCAUCUUUGUUAAAUGUCUCCAUCAGCUUCGCCAUUACCUGUUUGUUAUAAUGUAAAAAAUCUUUUUUUUAAUGCUUUCAAAAUUUCAUUCCAGAGGAAAAAGCUAACAAGAGAUUAAUUUAGAUAGAUCCAAAGCAGUUACCGUCCUCUUAGUAGUAAUUCAUCUAUUGUAAAUAUCUUAGAAAAAAUAUAAAGAAUAGUUAAACAAG